UCCUUGUCCGAAGGCUACUGUGGAUAUUUUUCUCAAACAGAUCUGUGUAUCUUCUUCUUCUUAAACCACUACGCUUAUGAUGAGGAGAUCUGAGUUAUAGAAGAAUCAUACCAAAGACUGGGAGAAAAAAGCUAAUGAAAAGAAUCUGAGAAGGAAAUUUCAUUUAUAAACCAUCUUCGCAGCCAUUGUUGUCCGACAGUGAGCUUGGACAGUUGACACCUGUAAUCCAAAUUCCUAUCACUGCAACAUACUCAGUCUUUUUUGGCCCUAUCGUCAUAGCUCUGCAACUGUUUCUCUUCAGAGAGAGAGAGUAGUGAAGGCUUAAUUACUAUCUUACUUGAAAAGCAUGAGAGUAGUGUUUCAAUGGAAGACGACGACGACAUUGAGACACAACAACAAACAAGCAGAAAGCUACAGAGACUCUCCUCCGACAAAACUGAAAUGAGGGACUGGAGCAAUCCAUCGUCUCGGAUCAUUAGGGUUUCACGAGCUACCGGUGGCAAAGACCGACACAGCAAAGUCUUAACAUCAAAAGGGUUAAGAGAUCGGAGGAUACGUCUCUCCGUCGCUACAGCGAUCCAGUUCUACGACCUCCAAGACCGUCUCGGGUUCGAUCAGCCGAGCAAAGCCGUUGAGUGGCUUAUCAACGCGGCUUCUGACUCAAUCUCCGAUUUGAAUCCGAUCGAUACGAACUUCGAACAGACGCUUUCGCUGUCUAAGUCGAGCACGUCUGAGAGCUCGUUGUUGUCUUUGUCGAGGACAGAGAGUCGUGGCAAAGCGAGGGAGAGAACAGCUAAAGACAAAGACUUGCAAAGCUCCUUCACUCAGCUUCUCACACGCGGUUUAGACGAACCGAACCGGAGUUGGACCGGUGGUGGUUCUUCUGAUUGUUUCAACCCGGUUCAGCUCAUACCGAGCUCCUUGAAUCAUCGUCAAGAGCCGUCGUUGAAUCAUAAUAAUAGUCAAAACCAAUACUCUUUUUUACCGAACUACAACGUUGGAAUCUCUUCUUCUGAUUCUCCCGGAGCAUCCGGUUGUUACAGUAGUAGGGGGACCCUUCAGUCCAAUUCACAACCACUCUUUCUCAACAACAACAGCAACAUUAAUCAAAGAUCGAUAUCUUCGUCUUCUUCUUCAUCGUCUCCAAAGGACAGUCAAAGCAUAUCAUUUUUCAUGGCUCCGCCUGUCAACCACCAUAGUCAUGAUCAGCUUCCAGAGGCUUUUGAUGGCCGGUUAUAUCUCUAUUACGGUGAAGGAAACCGGAACUCCGACGAUAAAGGAAAGGAGAUAAGAUAGUACAGCAAAAAUGUUUCAUUAAUUCCAUCUUGGGCUUUCAUCGUCUGUGUUUGUCUCCUCAUGUGUUCCAUGUUGGGUUCCCUUCUUACUCAGCAUUCACUUUGUUCCACUUGUUGUACUUUCUUGUUUCACCACGUAUUGUCACAAUUAAUUUAACCAAAUUGACUGAUUGUUGCUUUUUGAUGUAUCUGUUUGAUUCAAUAUCAUACUCCCUCCGUUUUUU